CUCCGACAACAGAAGCAGACUGGAGCUUUCCAGAAAAUACUUAAAGCUGAAGCAGCGAGAAGUGUGGGGCGGAGACGUCUCGCUUUUUCCCCUCUCAACAAGACAAACCUUCAAACAAAUCUCAGAUAUCUUUACGUUUAGUGUGCUGUGGUUGCGAGGACGUCUAACGAAAAUAGAAGGUGGAGGAGAAGGGCAGAUAAAAGAUGACUGCCAAAACCAAAGGCAUUGACUAUAGCGUUUGGGACCACAUCGAAGUGUCGGAUGAUGAGGAUGAAACUCACCCCAAUAUCGACACUCCGAGCCUGUUCCGGUGGAGACAUAAGGCACGAGUGGAGCGACAGGUUGCCUUUGAGGAGAAAGGAGAGGAGAUACAGAAGAAUAUGGCGGAGUGCAAGAGUCGUCUAGAGGAGGCGCAGUACAGAGUGAAGGAGCUGGAGCAGGCGGGAGUGAAGGAGGGAGAAGAGGAGGAGAAGAGGGCAACAGAGCUGACCAAGGCCCGGGCAGAGGAGAAGAAAUGCAAAAAGGAUCUACGCACAUGGGAGAAGAAGAUGGAAGAACACAGAAUAGAAGAGAAGAAGAUGCCGUGGAACGUAGACACCCUCAGCAAAGAUGGUUUCAGCAAGAGUGUGUUGAACAUCAAGCCGGAGGCGACGGAGGAGACCGAGGAGCAGAAGGAGGAGAAACACAAGACCUUUGUGGAAAAAUAUGAGAAGCAGAUCAAACACUUUGGGAUGCUGCGGCGUUGGGACGACAGCCAGAAGUACCUGUCGGACAACCCUCACCUGGUGUGUGAGGAGACCGCUAACUACCUUGUCAUCAUGUGCAUUGACUUGGAGGUGGAGGAGAAACAUGCUUUGAUGGAGCAGGUGGCCCACCAGACUAUUGUGAUGCAGUUCAUCUUGGAGCUGGCCAAGAGUCUGAAGGUUGACCCCAGGGGGUGCUUCAGGCAGUUCUUCCAGAAGAUCAAGACUGCCGACAAGGUGUACCAGGAAGCAUUUACUGAUGAGCUGGAGUCGUUUAAAGAACGGGUCAGAGGUCGGGCUAAGAUCCGCAUACAAAAGGCUAUGGAGGAAUACGAAGAGGAGGAGAGACAGAAGAGACUGGGGCCUGGUGGUCUGGACCCUGUGGAGGUCUACGAGUCGCUGCCGGAGGAAAUGAAGAAGUGUUUUGAUGACAAAGACAUCUCAAUGUUGCAGGAUGUUAUCAGUAAGAUGGACCCCAUGGAGGCGAAGGUCCACAUGAAGAGGUGUAUUGACUCUGGACUGUGGGUGCCCAAUGCCAACGCGGACGAAGAUGACGAUGGAGAGAAUAAAGGAGGAGUAGAACAGGAGGAAGACAAAGGAGAGGAGGAAGAAACAAAAAAGGAAGGAGAGAAGGAGAAAUGACUGACCUUUACCUUUGUAGGCCCAUCCACUCCUCCUGCUAGCAUUUUCCGGUCUGACUCAAUACACACUUUGAAGAUGCUCACUUGCCUAGUGUUAGCUGGGCUGCUGUUGUUAGCGUUAGCCGACCCGUUCAAACCCUGCCCUGACCCACAUCGCCUUAGAAUACCUGUGCUGAUCUCUCAUCACUUUAGCCUUUUAACUGCGUGAUAUUGAUAAAAGAAUGAAAAUAUAAUAAACCGUAAUUCAUAAAAUACAAGAAAUGAGGGGAGACUCAUGCAUCGACACUGAUCUCUGAAUCUCUGAGAUUUAAUGAGAAUUUGCCCUGGGGUUCAGAUCUACAGCAGUCUUCAUCACACGCAUCUUUUAAAACCCAAUACUGACCCCAGAUCAGCAUCUAUGAUCAACCUCCCCUUUAACCCUCUGCUACUGCCUUCUCCUUUGCUGGGCCCCUUCGGUUUGUGACCCCCUUCCACCACCACUACCUCUUUGCACUUCCUGUCAUUUCUUUUUCUGUGUUAAAGUAGUUCAAUUUUUUUCUUUCAGUGUAUCUCUGUCUCUCUCAGGACUGUUCAAACAAGAUAAAGAGUUCCUCACUUAAGCUAAAUCUUGUAUUUGUUGCAAGCCCCAGGACACAGUGUUGAGUGUUUAAAUGUAUACUGGCACAAAGCCGGCCGUGGUCUGUUUGUUUGACUCCGCCCCUUUUCCCCUAUCAUUUGGGAGGUGUCCUGCUUAGUAAAUGCUGGGUUGCAAAAACAAA